UGUGAGUGUACAUGGUUGUGUCGCUCGCAGUAUGAAGCUCACAGCUGUGCAGAGAGGUGAACUGCUCAAGUUUUUUUACAGCACAGGAAGCAAUGCCGAGGCAGCUCUCCGGGAAUACCGGCGAGUGCACAGCAUCCGCAGCGGGCCGUGUUCAAGAGUUGCUGUUCACAAGCUCGUCAAAAAAAUUUGAGGAAACGGGUUGCACUUGUGAUAAGCCUCGUAGCGGCAGACCACCGACCCCAGCCGAAGCUGCCUCCGACAUCAGCCGUGCCGUAGCAGAGCCGCCCAGCACAAGCGCAGGUGCUGUCGCCCGCCUGCUGGAUUCGCCCAAUUCAACUGUUCGUGAAGGUCUUCGUUCAAGUCUGUUAAAGCAACAGUGAUCUAUCUGGAAAAGCAAGGCGGGGCAGCUUGCACUAUCUCGCUGCUCAAGGGAGAGUCAUGGAAGGCGCGGCACUAAUCGAAGUGGACCGGUCCGGGCUGGUAUCCGAGGACGGGAAGAAUACGAAAACGGUGCUGUGCCAAAGAUGUGGGUCCAAGGUGCUAUGCCCGGGCAUGGCUUUGUUUGCGGAGAAAGAGCUGUUCCUCCCCGCGAUGAAGAAGAAGACCACACCGGGCAGCUGUGGCGAGGGCUCUGUGUCUGGAGAGCAGCUGAAGGAUCACUGGCUGGUGGACGACAUGUACACCUUCGAGAACGUGGGCUUCACCAAGGACGUGGGCAACAUCAAAUACCUGAUCUGUGCGGACUGCGAGGUGGGGCCCAUCGGCUGGCACUGCCUGGACGACAAGAAGAGCUUCUACGUGGCUCUGGAUCGAGUGAAGCACGAGUGACGGGGAGCGCAGCCCUGCAGAGAUCACACACGGUGCAUCCACCAGCCUUUCAGCGCUGCACAUGGACUGUGUGACGCUCAAACCCGUCAUCCCGCUGCCACAGUGUGCGAGUGUAACGUGUGCCGGGAGACUUGCUCAUUGCUCCCCUGUCAGUUCUGGGACUUGAUCUGUUGUUGUGUUCGUCUGUGUUUGUCUUUGUUGUGUGGAGGUUACACGGAGCAGCGAGGUGGUUCACGUGGGGGAGGUUGGAAUUUCCUGUAACUCAUUUGAAACUGUAGUCGGCUUCACAAGCUAAUGUUGUAGCAGUACUAAAAUAAACUUUAACAAACGCCUGUAAAGAAUUUGAUAAGUUACAUUUUAGAGUAACUGAAUGCACUUCCAGCGGGUGUGUGUACAACCCUAGCUGAACUACCUACAACAUCCAUUCAGUGCGAGGGGCAGCAGCACUGUCAUGCACUGCCGUGCCUUGUGCCAACGGGUCUGUGAAACCGGCCGUGAGAGGAAUAUUAACAGGGAUCAGGCUGAAGAAUGGCACUGAUAUCAGGCUGGCUUACACAGAGCAAGAUUAGCAUUAAUCUCAGGCUUGACAGCCUUGCAUUGCCCCGGUUUAGCUCAGAGUCUUUCAAUCUCGGACUCCCUGACCCGAGGUAACACGAGGAGGUCCAGGAUUAGUGCUCCUCUGUGAAAGCAGCCGUUAGCGUUUGGACAAAGAUUUGAAAUCCUCUUUAGAAAUGAAUAGCCUGUUUACAACAGCUGACCACCAGGUGGUGCUGCACCAUAAAUAAAAAGGCAAACACCGCCACCUUAAAAGGGAGUAUGCUUUCUCCAAAAACAAAUUUCAGCUUCUUGCGUACCUCAAGUUGGAAGCAAGCUGUGUUGUGUAUCCAUGUGCCACGGGUGAUAGAAACAAACUACCUGGUUAUUUGAAAGAAAGCCCGGGUUAUUUACCUCUGUUUCACUGCUGUGUUAUUUCGUGUCUUUUAUCAAGGCGCUGUUGAUUUAUUUUCUGUUGUACACUGUUGUAUCCUCGCUGCUGCUUCGCUGGAAACGGGGUAUUUAUACAACGGGGCUCCGCGGCGUUUUAAUGUUCUGUUAGUUUUGUUUGGAAGAGAGAGCCAGCGGGCAGUAAAUUUGAACUGGGAACGCGUUGCGAUCAGGCUGGACCGGGUCACCGUUCAUGGUAAGUGAAAGCGAGAAUGGGUUUGCACUGGGAGGAAUGUGGAGCAGAGCAGACUGAUACAGAACAGAAUCGGGAAAAACAACAGCGGCGGUUUUGAGAGAACAGCGUUUUAAAGAUUACAGUAACCAGAGCAGUCCCGAGAUUGCUUUACAAGCCUGCCUGUCAUUGGAGCUGGAGGCUCAUCGCCACUUCAUUUUGAUAUAUAAUUAUAAUAAAUUUAGGGACUACAAAAAAACUAUUUCUUCCACCAGUGUAACUGUUCAAAUAUGCCUCGUGUUUAUACCACCUGCAGCGUGUUUAGAUGUUAUUUUUCAGAGGUGUGUUCGCAGGCCAAGUCAUUUUAAAUUACAAAAAGCAAGGAGUGGCAAAAAAUGUUUCAUUUUAAACUGGCAUUUCAAUCCAAUAGCCCGCUCCUCUUUUACCUUGAAUGCAGUGAAAAUGAGUUCGCAGGGCUGAAGUUAUCCCCCAGCGUCACCCAGAAUCAAGCCGUAUUGAUCGCAGUCGCCAGAGUGUGCAGCGAGAGCCCCGGGGCGGAGCAGCAGGCGCGGCGCACAGGACGCGAGAACCAGGCAGCGCUUACAUCUAGCCGCCUCUUACAAACUUUGCUGGCAGAGUAUUUUUUUUUCAAAGGGGCUUUGUUUAGUUUUUUAUCUGUUUCAUACUCGAUUGGACGUGAUUAAACUCAUUGUGACUCGCUCAGGAUGCUUUCAGAAGCCGCUCUGCGAGUCUGGAGCGCACAGUGACGCGCCGCGCCUUGGCUCCGGUGCGCGAUUCCUGUACUGCGAGGAAGCCGAUCCGCAGAUGAUCUUGCGUGUGGUUUAGACUGGGGUCCCUGGUGAGGCGCACACACACACACACACAGUGCGGGCUUGAUGCACAGACAUGCCAGCCUGUUUAAAUUAGUCGGCACGCCUGGAUAAGUAAAGGCUUGAUUGAGUAGCACCGACAGCACCAGCGCUGGGUUUGAGAAGCCCCGGGUCUCUUUGUUCCAACGCGUUUAUUGCGCAACAGGUUUGUAUGAAAUCUAAAAAAACAAAAAAUAAUAAAAUACUGUCAUGUGAUUGGCUACUUUGUUUUCCCCCCAACGUAUCGCUGCAUUUAAAGUUUUGAAUGACUUUUUUGAACCUCCCUUCGCUCUUUGUGGGUGUGAAUUCCACAGCACCCCCCCUCACCCAGCCACUGCAGACAGGUCUGUUAAAACCAAAUACACCGCUAACGCGUUUACAAGAAAAAGAUUAGGGUAUGAUUGUAAAUGCCAUUACACGAGAGUGUGUUUAAAAAAAACAAAACAACAACUUUUCCAAAGUCAUUCCAGCUCUCAAACCGGCCCCACACCGACUGCGACACGGGGGACUGCAAAACAGCAGCCAGCCAAUAGCGGCUUCGGCUGGCUUCUCUUUGUCUGUUUGACCAAUAGCAGCGGCAGGGCGGGCAGUCACAUUCGCUCUCCACCAAUCACAGUAGGCGGGC